CAAAUUAACGGUUCGUCUGGGAACAUUUAUAUUUUUCCCUCUGGAAGCACAUCCGACACAGCGUCAGCCGUCGUCAUGCAGAUCACUCUGAAGACACUGCAGCAGCAGACGAUUCAAAUAGAGAUAGACCCCGAACAAACGGUGAAGGCUUUGAAAGAGAAGAUAGAGGCGGAACGAGGCAAAGACAACUUUCCAGUAUCUGGGCAGAAACUGAUAUAUGCUGGAAAAAUUCUGCAAGAUGACACUCUCAUUAAGGAUUAUAAAAUUGAAGAGAAAAAAUUUGUGGUUGUGAUGGUUUCUAAGCCUAAGGCUGCAGCUGCUUCCGCGGCGCCCCCUGUCUCCGAAGCGCCCAAACCUCCUGCACAGGACAACGGUUCUACGUCGACAGCUGUUCCUGCCACAACCCCUGCCCCGGCUCCUGCCCCUGCACCAGCCCUCGCCCCAACCCCAGCAGCUGCCCCAAAUCCCCCAGAGGAGGCCAAAGAGGAGCCAAGUGCCCCAACCACAGAACCACAACAACCAGCCAGCUCCAGUGGUCAGGGCUUGGACGCCUCCUCAGCACUGGUGACUGGAGCCGAGUACGAGGCCAUGUUGACGGAGAUCAUGUCCAUGGGCUACGAACGGGAGCGAGUGGUGGCAGCGCUAAGAGCCAGUUUCAACAACCCACACAGAGCCGUGGAGUACCUGCUCACCGGUAUCCCCAGCAGCCCGGUGCAGGAGAGUAAUCCACCGGCACCAGCCCCCGGAUCUGGAUCUGGACCUGGACCCACAGAAUCACCUUCUCUAGCAGAGGGAGACAACCCACUUGCGUUCUUGCGGACCCAACCCCAGUUCCUGCACAUGAGACAGGCCAUUCAGCAGAACCGAGCUCUACUACCAGCUCUACUGCAGCAACUAGGCAGUGAAAAUCCUCAACUUCUACAGUUAAAAGCCCUGGGAUUCCCUGAGGUUCUGGUGAUCCAGGCCUACUUCGCCUGCGAAAAGAACGAGAACCUGGCCGCCAACUUCCUCCUCAACCAGGGACUGGAGGACGACUGAACACGGAUCACUGCCUUCUUGCUCCUCCCUCAUACCUUUCCCCUCCUGGGCUAAGCAUAAAGACUGCUCCCACCCCCAACCCCCACCCCUGAAAAAAAAAUUUACUGUACAGCUACCAACCUCAGUUCAACCCAAACGGAGAAGAGGAAGAAGAGGAGGAGGAGGAUAAGAGGGGAGAGCCAGCAAGGAUGUGGGCGUGGGGGGGAAGGGGGGGUGAUGGGAUGGGACUGAGGAAAACAGAGUGGGUCCAUAGUGGUGAGGGGUGGGGGGUCAAAUGUUUAAAAAGUACACAGAGUGGAGGCAGUGUGCAGGAAUGUCAAGAAGAACGUGUGGAGCAACUAUAAAAUCCACGUGUAUUCCAAUGGAAUGUGUGGCGUUUGUCUGGGGGGGGGGGCUAUCAUUGGAUUUUAGAAACACUUCAUAAUCAACUGGGGAGGGUGGUAGGGCGGGGGGUUCAACGAGUGCGUGCGCUUGUGUGUAUGUGCGUGCGUGUCCUGGUGCAGAUGGAAGCGAUCCAGUUUAGCUGAAAGAAUCAAACGUGUCACAUGGUCUAAGUUUGUUAAUGCUGUAACUGGACUGUAUGAAGCACAUUCUCCUGACUGCACUUCAGCCACAUCAUCAGUGUGCGUACCUACGUGUGUGUGUGUGUGUGUGUGUAUCUGUAAGCCUGCACAGGUCCAAUAAUAAAGGGGCAGAGGGACGCUGACCUUUGCUGCCCUCUGUGUCUGACAUGUCAUCAGUUGUUGGGGGGGAAAUAAGAUGCAAACUAAACGGAAUAAGAGUCUGGUUCCUCUGUCCACUUCCUGUGUUUGGCCGUGACGGCCACAUGCAUCAGCCAAUCACAAUUCCCAAUGUGGAAUCGAUGUCUAUGCUGAUUCGCUUCUGGUGCUAAUUAACAUUCACUGUCUUUGAUGAUUAAACAACAACAAAGGUGAAGAACUGAAUAAAUACAUUUUUCUGCCCCAAUAAAAAGAACCAUUUGUUCACAUUAGUACAAAGAGAUAGGUUGGUGAAGCGUGUGACCUGGGGGGGAGGAGAUGGGGGGGUCAUUACUCUGUCCCUGCUGAUUUGAUUCUAAUCUUCCUGAACAAACACUACCAUCAGAAAAUGUCCAAAUUGUUAAAAACCUCCAGUAGGUUUGUAUAUUUUUCUAUUUCAUGAAUGGAAAACAUUUACACUAUGUUCAUUAAUGACCUCAAAAUUCCAAGAUUAGAAAAAACAAACGAGUGAACUGUGUGAGACAGAGUUGGAGGAACCAGACUCCUUCCUAUGAUGUCUUUCUGCUUCAUUGUGUGUUUGUGUUUUUUUUUCCCUCCUGUAACUGCACAGAGUAUCUGCAAUGAAACAAACACUGCUUUCAGUCAUAAAGAAAACUGGGAACCAAAUGUCGAGGUUUUUCUUUAUCCUUCUAACAUUUCUCAUUUGUUAAUUCAAAUAAAGUCAAACAGUCAUUUGAGACCAGA